AUGGCACUGAGACGGCUGCGAGGGCUGGCCCCUUCAGUAGCCAGGCAGCUCUUCACGUCGACGGUGGCGGCCGUGAUGGAUUACUCGUCAAACGUCUGGAUGCACGCGUGUAGCGAGGCCUUGAUCAGACCCCUCAACAGGGUGCAGAAUGUUGGAGGGCAGGCCAUCGUGGGGACCCUUCGUACGGUAGCCACGGCGGUGGCAGAAGCGGAAACGGGCAUCCUCCCAGUCCGGCAGCGGCUGGCAAGGCGGGCCACGGCGUUCUGGGUGAACCUGAACACACUCCCGGACAACCAUCCUCUGGCAACCACGGAGAGGCGGAUGACGAAGCGGUUCACGUCACCUUUGCAGCGACACGCUGCGUCACACGAGGGAGUACCGAUCGACAAUCUGGAGGUGCAGAAGCCCUGGAAAGGGGCGGAGGGAGAGGUCGCACCGUCAUCGUUACGAGCACGUCAAUCAGUGGCGAAAUGGUCGGCAUCGGCGGAGUUCUCCGGCCCUCGAGGACCGCCCAGCUCAUGGUGGUGGCCACACUGGGCACACGGGAUGAGCAAAACCCAUUCACGGCCGAGCUUGCAGCCAUGCAUGUUCUGCUACCGUAACUACGGUGCAGCCAAGCUGGAGGACUUGUGCUGCGGCGUCCUUCACCAUCUCCGAUCAGCUCUGCAGGGACACAAUAGGAGUCAAGGUCCUAGGAGUCAAUAUCGUCAAGAUCUACCGGGACUACCAACUUCCCACCAUUAUCAAUACCAUUACAAGUUGGACCCCUCCACCAAACCCGUCAUUACAGGGGACUUUAACGCCCACCACGCGUCAUGGCAGCCCGGCAUCAGAUCCAACCAAUCGCCUACAGCUCAACCCAGCUACGCAGAUCGCCACCAUGCCAGCUUCUCUAACCCUAAGUCCUACGAAGACUACACUAUCGCCAUCAUAUGCGCCAUAAGCUUCGAGAUGACCGCCGUCCGCUACAUGCUCGACAACGAUUACCCCUACCUGCGUGUUAAGCCGGGAGACUCUAACACAUACAAGCUCGGUGACAUCUAUAGCCAUAAUGUCGUUCUCGCCUGCCUCCCCGGCCAGCAGGGCAAGGGCGCCGCCGCCGCCGCCGCCGCCGUCGCCGUCAACAUAUCCCGCACGUUUCCGUCUAUCAAAUAG